AUGCCUGAUGAGAACGGAAAGCGCAAGGCCGAGGAGGACCCGACCUCCCCUACCCCCUCCAAGCGCAUAAAGCAAGAUGACUCUGCCGAACCUCCAGACAAGAAGUCAGCCAUCAAACCUAUCCCAUUCCCAGAAAAGCCGGCCGUCAUCGAAGAGCGUAAUGGCGAGAUCGAAUUCCGAGUAGUCAACAACGACAACGAGCGCGAAUCCCUCAUAAUUCUCACCGGUCUCAAGUGCAUCUUCCAGAAGCAACUCCCAAAGAUGCCCAAGGAUUACAUCGCUCGACUCGUCUACGACCGCACUCAUCUGUCCAUCGCCAUUGUCAAGAAGCCUCUGGAAGUUGUUGGUGGCAUCACGUACCGCCCAUUCAAGGGUCGCCGCUUCGCCGAGAUUGUCUUUUGCGCCAUUAGUUCUGAUCAGCAAGUUAAGGGCUACGGCGCGCACCUAAUGUCUCAUCUCAAGGAUUACGUCAAGGCUACCAGCGACGUGAUGCACUUCCUCACAUACGCCGACAACUAUGCUAUUGGAUACUUCAAGAAGCAGGGCUUCACCAAGGAGAUCACUCUCGACAAGAAGGUCUGGAUGGGUUAUAUCAAGGAUUACGAGGGUGGAACCAUCAUGCAGUGCUCGAUGCUGCCGCGGAUUCGAUACCUCGAGAUGGGUCGCAUGCUCCUUAAGCAGAAAGAAUGCGUCCAAGCCAAGAUCCGAGCCUACUCCAAAUCACAUAAUGUUCACGCACCCCCCAAGGAAUGGAAAAAUGGAAUCACCGAAAUCAACCCUCUCGACAUCCCCGCGAUCCGAGCAUCAGGCUGGUCUCCAGAUAUGGACGAGCUGGCCCGUCAGCCCCGUCACGGACCCAACUACAACCAGCUCCUCCAUCUUCUCAACGACCUGCAGAACCACAACUCUGCCUGGCCCUUCUUGGUUCCCGUCAACCGAGACGACGUUGCCGAUUACUACGACGUGAUCAAGGAGCCCAUGGACCUGAGCACCAUGGAGAGCAAGCUCGAGGCCGACCAGUAUCUCACGCCCGAGGACUUCAUCAAGGACGCAAAGCUUGUCUUUGACAACUGCCGCAAAUACAACAACGAGAGCACGCCGUACGCAAAGUCGGCCAACAAGCUCGAGAAAUUCAUGUGGCAGCAGAUCAAGGCCAUUCCCGAGUGGUCCCAUCUAGAGCCGGAGAGGUAG